AUUAAAGGGGAAGUUUUUUGGAGUUUUAAGUUCUUCUAAGAAGUCAAGCCUCAAUUGAGGCUUAUAGUUUAUGUAAAGUUAUAUAAAUCAGCUAAACACAAAUGUUCGAAUGGCAUCUGUUUAGUCUGACAAUAUUGAUAAUAUCAGUGGAUGCUAAAUCAUAUGACAUAGCAUAAACACCCCGACUUAGGGCAUAAAAAACAUCGAGUAUUUCGGUUGCCGUAAAAGCCGCUGGCGAAUGUCGUGUUUUCAUACAAAUAAUUUGUCUAUGCGAAAGUGCAGUGCUUGUAGCAAAUGUGUUGAAAAAUGAAUAUGUAUUUUAAACAGUUUUUUAUAUUGCUGAUAACUCUGCAAAUACUUAGUACGCGCUGUUCUGAGCAAUCUUUAGACGUAAAUACUUUACACUCAUCCGACACUGAAUUGGAUGCUUGGCAGCUGAACAGAUUGAUCGAAGAAUAUGAACAAAGUAUUCAGGAGAACGAACAAAAAUUAUCUGAGCUGGAAAUUGAAUUCGAAACUCAAUUAGCCAGUGUUGACUUUAAAGACUGGGUAGAUCUCAGUACUGAACUUGCUGAUAAACAUUAUCAGGAAGCACGCAUAGCCGAAUUAGAGUUAAAAGUGAAAAAGCAAGAAUAUCGACUUGAAAAACAGGAAUAUAUUCUAAACAAGUACAGAGAGGAACAUGAACAUCUGCCCAGCCAGUGUUUACUUUAUGCUGGCUUAUUGGAUAAUACUCAACUUAUAAAAGUGGGAAGUAUGGAACCCAUAUUGGUGCGUUGUAAGGUUGAGCACGGUUCUCCUUUCAUGGUUAUACAGAGACGUUUGGAUGGAACAGUUAAUUUCAAUCGCAGCUGGACAGAAUACAAAGAGGGCUUCGGAGAUGCCAAUAGCGAGUUCUUUAUUGGUCUCAACAUGAUGCACCAAAUAACAACCCAACAAAGGCAUGAACUACUCAUUAUUCUAACAGAUUUCAAUAAUGAGAAUCGAUUUGCCAGUUACGAUAGUUUUGUCGUUGGCAAUGAAGAUGAGAGUUAUGCAUUAAAAGAGCUGGGUAGUUAUUAUGGAAAUGCCGGCGACGCAUUAAUAUAUAAUAAGCUCAUGAAGUUUUCAACCCAUGACAGAGAUAAUGACGAACACCCAACAAAUUGCGCCGUUAAGUUACAGGCUUGGUGGCAUAAAUCUUGCACCUACAGCAAUCUCAAUGGCAUAUACCCUGGACCAAGUGUUCAGCCAGGCUUGGGCAUCUUUUGGAUGCCUUGGGCUGGUCAAAUUCAUCGUAUAAAGACGGUACAAAUGAUGAUUCGACCGAAAUUCAUAUAAUUCUUGCUUCAAUAAAAACUUAAAAAUUUUGUGUCUUCAGAACAAUUCUUGUUACCUUUCUUACCUCCUGUAUUUCUAUGGUAAAUCCAUAUGUAAAAUGUACCAUUUGACAAGUCUUGAAUGUUGUCAAAGUUUCAAAGUAAUGACACUCAGUACAUAUCUUUAAGCUGGUUGUCAAA